GAAAUCAUAAAGAUGCCCGGCCUGCGGUGGUUUGCUUUUAUUGAUAAAGUGGAGCAUUACGUCCGGACGAGGAGCUACCCACCUCAGACAGCAAAGGUGGCAAAGCAUGUGAUCAGAACUGCCAGCAAACACUAUGUCUAUAAAGAUAAAUGUCUGUGGCGUUCAUUCAAAGGCCGGCUCCUCCAGGUCAUCAGGAGCAAUGACGAAAUUCGGGAGAUCCUGAUCCGAUACCAUGACAACAACGACCACGCAGGCCAGGCGAAGAUGAUGAAACUCAUACUGUCACUCUACUACUGGAGCCCUGUGACAGAGUCUGUCAAGAACUGGGUUAAGAAUUGUCCUGUGUGCCGAAACAAGACACCAGAGCCCCGAAUUAAGCAGUGCCUGGCAUAUGGUUGUGACAGCAGCAAUUUGGUUCACCAGAGCGUCACAUUUUACAGGUUCCCCAAAGACCCAGAGAGGAGGAAAAUGUGGCUGAACUUGGCUCACCGAGAUGAGGGCUCCCUCAGACCCAACUCCCUGCUGUGUUCCAGACACUUUGAGCAGGCCUGCUAUGAGGUGGACCAGGAGGGUCAGAUGAAUCUCAGAACAGAUGCUGUCCCCACCAUUAUUGUUUCUACCUUACAGCAGGAGGAGGUGCUCAUGCCUACAGAAGAGGACUCCCUUCAGACCAUUCCUCUGGAAGAUGUCAUCGCUGCCUCCGCUGCCACAGAGACGACAGAACCCUCAGGCCCGCGUGUAGAACCUUUGGAAUCCCCCAUGCAACUCUUAGAACACCAGUACAGCCUGUUCUCCACAGACACCAACAGUAGAACGCUCCCGAAAGUGAAGAAGAGCGUGAUCAGUAUGCACGGCUCUGAGCCGUGUUUUGUGAUAUACGACCAAAUAACCAGGUACCUGAGUCAUAGGAUCUUACCCCUGCACUCCAAGAAGAGAAAAGGCAUUCUGAAAAGGAUGGCCAAACGCUUCGGGCUGAUAGAUGGAGAGCUGAUGUACACGCGGGUUUCCCCUCCUGUGAAAGUGCCGCGCAGCAGAGAAGAGGUAAAUGCUAUCUUGCAACAGUUUCAUGACGACCAGGGUCACUACGGCCAGGGUACAUGUCAGCAGGCAAUUUUGAAGCAGUUCUACUGGGGCACCAUGACCAAAGACCUGGCCCGCUGGAUCAACAACUGCAAUGUCUGCCUCAACAGAACAAAGAGGAGGUGGCUCCGAUGCAGUGUCUACAACUGCACCAACUGCUGUGGGCCCGUGGAGCGAGGCCUGGGGAUGACGUUUCAUAAGUUUCCUCUCCAUAACCCAAGCCAGUUGGCUCAAUGGCUCAAGAAUUUGGGCCGGCCCAACUGGCACCCCAGGCUCUGGUCAUCAGUGUGCUCAGCCCAUUUCACGGAAGACUGCUUUGACCGUACUGGAGAGAGGGUCACACUCCGACCUGAGGCUGUACCCUCCGUCUUUAUCUACAGUGAUCCUGUGACCCAGUCUAGAACCCCGAACCAGCCCACUGUGGUGGAGGAGGUUACCACCCAAGACCAGAUCUUCUUUGCCAAGUAUGAUGCGGUCGAGCGCUACCUAAGUAGUGGAGUCUACCCAGCAGGGUUCAGCUAUGUCGAGAAGAACACCUUCAGAAGAUUCUGCAAGAACUUUACCAUCAAAGACCAACAGCUGCACAUGGUGAGGGGGGGCCGCGCGCUGCUGGUGUUGAGGAACAGAGAGGCAGUGGAGGCGGCCCUGGUGGAGUACCACAAUGAACUGAACCAUCUGGAUGUCAAGAAAUGUUUAAGGCUGCUGAACGAGAGGUUCUUCUGGAAAACAAUGAGACCUGAUGUUGUGCGCUGGAUCGACAACUGCUCACAGUGUUCCAAAACCAAAAAGACGAAGCUGGAGCCAGAAGGUACAGAACUACCAGAGUUACUGGAAGGGGAGAUGACACCUCCAGAAAUCCAUGAAGACCCUAACAGUGGCAAUGAUGAAAACGUUGGUGAGGAAGAGGAGCAGCCAGCCUCCCAUCCCCAUGCAGAAACGCACACUCAGCCUGGGAACAACACCGGCGCCUGGCCCUUGAAUGGAGUCCAGUUUAAAACAAUACUCGAGCCACAGGAUAAGCAACAACCUCAAGUCCAGAGUGAGGCGGGUGCUUCUGAAAUCCAGCCUCAGAGCCUGAGUAGCACUGGUGCCCAGAGCCUUACCCAAUGCCAGGAGAUGCACCUCCCUCUGUCCCAACCAUCGCAACCCCUGACCCAGACACAGCCGCUGUCACAAGUCCAGAAGGAGACAAGUGGGUCUCAAAUUGUUACACAGAAUGCUGCCUGCACCCCCCAGCUCCAGCUUCGCCCUCAAACCAGAUCCCGGAAAGCGCCACAGACCAAUCCUCAAAACCCAACCAACACCAAACCACAGACCUCAGUGAAGAGGAAGUUAGACCCAAAGACAGACUCUUCAGCUAAGAGAAGCUCCAGUGGUCCAUAUGAGCCUGUGGCAGUCCUGAGCAACAAACCGUGGCCCUUGUUCACCAUUUCAGGCUUCAUCCAGACAGAGACAGUUGAACUGACCACUGAGGCAGACAGCUCCCCACAGCCAGCUCCCCCUGUGACCACUGUGACCAAACCCCGUCCUCUAACCUCUCCAAGGCCCAGAAAGCUCCAGGCUCGCACGGUGGUCCAGUGGUGUUCUGAGGCCAAAGUUAAAAUCAAACCAGCCAUGGACGGAGCUGAUGCUGAGUGGGCGGAGAUCCAGGAAGGAAUGGUGGUCUAUGUGUGUUUCUUUCAAGGGGCCACCCAAGAGGUCAUCCAGGAGAUGGCCAACACCCUGCUGAACUCCCGUCUGUUCCGGAACGCCCGGAAGCAGCCAUCUUCAGUUCUAGACCUGCCCGGGAGCAUUCUGUUGAUCCCGCAGGACUCCCUGCAGGGAGAGCAGAUACCCAGGAGGAGGGUGCAGUACAAGAGUGCCUGUCAGCCCUGGUGGGGCGCCCAGCUCUAUGCUAAGCUGCUGUCUGCCUGCUGCAACAUCGUGGCCAACUCUGCCAAGUGCACCGAGGCGGGCGUCACGGUGGAGCAUGGCAUUUACGGCCAGAGGCAAGAGAUCCUCCUCAGGUCUCUGGAGCCCCUGACACACCUGUUGGAGUUUUGAAGGAACUGUGGCAAAUGGCAUUUCCUCCUUGGAGGCAAUCGUCUGGGCUGUCAACGCUCAACAGAAAUGCAUUUUUUACCUGGAAUUUCAAGACACUGAUCACGAAGAGAUCCUCAAUAUUCUAGAGAAAAAAGAAGACAUUUGAUGUUCUCUUGCUGAAAACUGUUUUAGCGAGCUCUGUGAUUCAACCAAAACUGAAAUGUAAUCUCUAUACCUCUGCCACAAACAAGCACAUAUGGGAAAUGUGAUGUUUCGGCUUAGACAGGAAGCUUCUCCAACAGCAGCUGAUUGUUGUCAAAAUUCGAGAGCAGAGGUCAAGGGUUUAAGAUCCACAGUUCUUACAUGGGUAAGAGCAGAAUUUUUUUUUUCUGUCGUUCUUUUAUAAGCGGAGUUGACCAGCCAAGAGGCCAUUCAAAAUGUUUUAAUGGACAGCCAUAUCUAUCGAUUCAAAUUUCAUGAGUAAGUCACUUUUCUGCUUGCACAGAAUUAUUAAUGUAUGUCAUCUGCAUAAUAUUAGAUCUCUGUUCUGUGUUUUUCUGUGGUUGUUAUUUCUGGGAAUUAAAAUGUA